AUGUAUCAGCCAGCUUGGCUAGCAGACCCCAGAAGGUGGUUCUUAACGGCUUUCUUGAAAGCAAAUUACAGAACCAUGCCUAAACCGCAAUAUACUCAAAAGUUUCGAAACGCAUGGUUAAAGGACCCUAGUUUAAAAGAAUGGCUGUUGGUUAUUGACAGCACUUUAGGAAGGGAAGCUAAAUGCAAAUUUUGUAGUAAAAUACUUACGAGUCGUUACGCCGACCUUAAGAGCCAUGGUGAAUCCAAAAAGCAUAAGGAAAACGCAAGCGUUUUUUCAGGGAGAUCAUUACAAGGAAAAGUUCAGCAAAAAAUUCCAUUUACUGCUGUUACUGACCAAGAAGAUACCAAGUCUGCUGAAGGGAGAUUAGCUCUUUUUAUUGCCCAACAUAGCUCUAUAAAUAUAUCAGAUCAUUUAAUAGAUAUGUGUAAAAAAGCAUUUAUUAACUGCUCUGUCUCUAAGAAUAUGCAAAUGCAUAGAACCAAAUGUAGUAAUCUAAUAAAAAAUGUUUUAUCGCCACAUUUUGUCAGAGAAUUAUGUGAGGAUAUUGGUAAUUCUCCCUUUAGUAUUUUAUUAGAUGAGUCAACAGACAUUACGGUCGAUAAAUAUUUAGGAUGUACAAUAAUCUAUUUUAGUUAUAAGACGAAACAAAUAGUGAACUCAUUUUUAGAUUUAGUAGAAUUAGAAAAUUGUGAUGCUAAUGCAAUUGUUGAUGCUGUUUUAGAGACUUUAAAAAAUUUGAAUUCAAACCUUGCUAAUCUAAAAGGUAUUGGUACUGACAUUGCGUCCGUCAUGGUGGGCAUCAACAAUGCCGUAUACGCAAAAUUGAAAGAACGGGUUCCAAACCUAAUUUUAAUCCGUUGUGUUUGCCGUUCUUUGCAGUUGGCAGUUACUGCAGCUGCUAAAGAGUGUUUACCUAGGAAUCUAGAAUUCCUAAUUCGAGAAACUUACAAUUGGUUUCAACAUUCUUCUUCUAGACAAAUAAAGUACAGGCAAUUAUACGUUUAUAAUACUAUAAAUGAAGGCAAUGAUCCUUUAAAAAUAACAGGGAUGUCAGCGACACGAUGGCUUUCCAUUGAGUCUGCCGUUACACGAAUUUUUGACCAGUGGGUUGAACUGAAAACUCAUUUUUCAAUUGUUAAAGAUAGCGACAAAUGUUAUACUGCCCAAAUGCUAUACGAAAUGUAUAAAGAUGAUACCAAUUAUGCCUUUAUAUGUUUUCCCAAGCCAAUUUUAGGUGAGGUUCAAAGAGUGAACAAAGCCUUUGAAGCAAAAAACGCAGAGUCAUGUAAACAGCCGUUUCAAAUUAUUUUACGAUGA